AAACGUAAUGCAUUUUCAUUGAAGAACUCUGUGACACUUAAAAUUAGAAAACAUAAAGUUGCUUUUUAUUGUUAAUCAAUGAAACAUCAACAUUGUCAUUUUUUUCGCGUUGACAGUUCCUCUCUCUAAAUUGAUAACAAGUAAAAUUGGUGUAAUGGUAAUAAAAGAAAUGUCCGCGGAGCCGUUUGUAAAUUUUUUACGUCGUGUGAGAUCUCCAAUAGCGAUUUACCAGGAGCCCAAGGGAAUAUCAAAAUCAGAGCAAUACUCCUUUAUUGAUCUGGUGAAAACACUAUGUCAACAAGCUUAUAUGGCCGUUUUGGUGAUUUUAACCAUGUUCUACAACAUGCUGCCACUUUUUGAGGGCUUCACAUGCAUCGUUAGAUUUAUACUGGAUAAGUUAAUCGAUAUUUUUGAAACUCAAGGCACUUGGGAAAAGUCGGUGAAAUCGCUUAUUUUCACCGGCGAACUGGUCGUACUUUUCAUUCUAUUUUACUUCACAAUAACCCUUUUAUUGAUCCCUAUUAUACAUUUCUUCUUUAUUUUCGUAUGUAAAAUAUUUAGAGCGUCCUCAAGCCCACGGUGAAAUAAAAUAUUAACAGAUAUAAAAAUAUAAAUGAUUAUUUCAAA